AUGAGUCGCGACCCAGAACGCGUGAAGCGCUCGGCAGCGGUGAAAUUCAGGGCACCCGACCGGCGGCCACGCGGGGCGAAAGCUCCCCGUUGGGGCGCGGUGAGUUUGUCAUCGUUGAGAUGGCCUGCGGGCAUUGCGUUCGCUUCUACUUGGGUCCUGGUGAUGGUCUGCGGCAGCCAAAGCUUCCAAAGCUUCCAACCUGCACAGUUGUUCCCUGCCGGCGUCUUCGGAAAGUCUGGAGUCGACCCCUGCGCCGACCUGCAAAUCGAUGAGGCCUUAGGCGACCCCAAGAGGGGCGAGGACCUGGUGUUGGUGACCGGAGGCUCCGGGUUCAUCGGCAGCCACCUGGUGGAGCAACUGCUGGGCUUGGGCUACACCGUGCGGGUCUUCGACAACUUGGAGACGGGGAACCUCCUGUUCUUGAACCUGCGCCACCCGCGCUUGCAGUUUUUCUUCGGGGACAUCAUGGAUAUGGACAGCUUGAGGAGAGCCAUGGUGGGAGUGCAGGGCGUGUUUCACCUGGGCGCGGCCAGCAAGGUUCUACCUUCACUGAAGAACCCCACGAUGGGCACCUUCAACGUGGAGCGGAACUCAGUGGGCACCAGUCGCGUGCUCGAGGCGGCGAACGAGACCCAACAAGUCCGGAAGGUGAUGUAUGCAGCUUCAUCGACCUACUACGGGAACCAGGCGGUGCCGUUUUCGGAGACGGACCCCUUCAGGCCCACCUCACCCUAUGCAGCCUCGAAGUAUAUGGGGGAGCUCGUCAUGCUGACCAACGACAACCUCUACAAGCUUCCGACGCUGUCCUUGCGCUUCUUCAUGGUCUACGGGCCUCGGAACCCCUCGCAGGGCGCCUAUGCCAUCUUGACCGGGAAGUUCAUCGACCGGCUCAAGCAGAACCAGCCCCUCCUCAUCGAGGGGGACGGCCAGAACUUCCGGGACUUUGUGCACGUGGCAGACGUCGCCAGGUCGCUGAUCCUGGGAUACCAGAGCGACGUCCAUGGAACUUCCAUCAACAUCGGCUCCGGCGAGAGGCAUAGCGUGAAGGAGGUGGCAGACCUGGUCUCGGGGAAUCAGCAGUACGUGCCGGCACGCAAGAACGACUUGCUGGGCACCUUGGCGGACACCUGCCGCGCCAAGAAGCUGCUGAGCUUCCGGGCCAGGCACGACUUUGUGCAGACCAUGAAGGUGAUGAUCGCAGACGCGCUGGCGGGAUCCUCCGACUACCAUGCAGAGAUGUGGCAGGAAGAAUUCGUCCAGGGCAAGCUUGAAGAGCAUCUUCCGGGCUGGAAGGCUUUGAAUGGUCAAGAGCGCAAGGAUGCAUCCCAAGGGCUUUUGGUACGAAGUGCUGCAAGAUGA